AUAUUUGUGGUGAUGCUUUCAACGGAUAAAGCCGCCAUUUUCGUUCAAUCUUAAAAGCAUUCUUGUGGUGUCCUUCGCUGUUAUUUAAUAAUUGUGAAUGUGAUAAAAACUUAUAAUUAUGAGUGUUGCCACUAAGUUUUUAGCUUUAGUAAAAUGGGUCGGUGGGGUAGACGACAAAAAAUAUACCUCCGGGAUCCAAUUAGAACACAUAAAAAACUUUGAGUACGAAAAAUUUCAGAACGAUGAAUUGGACCCAGAUAAAGUCUAUGUUGUCAAGUGGCAUGACACAACCAAAGAACCACUUGGGGGAUGGAUCUGCUAUAACGCCAAAGUUAUCGCCGUGUCAAAGUCAAUCGCAACAUUGAAUAAAAAAUUGCAAGCUUUGGAUGGUGUGCAGUCACCAAAACGAGUUGCAAAUAAAAUAAAUUUAAAUAUUUGUAAUGCCAGUACGUCAAGUGAUGUGCAAGAAAUUGAUGUCAACGAAGGUGCUGAAAUAACUGAGGUCCCGGCUUUUGGCUGCGAUGGUGAUCAAACACGAAUAGAUAACGAAGAAGUAACCAACUCUACUGAACACUUGAAAAGUGUUAAUGAUGCAGACAUUAUUUUUAUCCCUUCUAAUGAUGACAAUUCUCGUAAGUCCCUAGACGAUCCACCAAAUGUUAAUGGACCUGAAGAAACACCUGAGAAAGUUAGAGAGGUGUCGAGUGAUUCUAUAUUCACUCAAGUUGUAGAUAAACAGCAGUAUGUUACCAUAGAAAUCUUGGAAAAAGCUUUAAAGGACGUAACUCAAAAACUAUUACCAGCUUCAAGUAACUCAGUGUCUACUGACAGCCAGCCAAAUGUCUCGUUGCAUGGAAAAAAUGAUAGCAAAUUGGAACAAUCUCAUCAAGACAAUUUGGAAAUAGGAAAUCCGGGAUCCAAUGUCUUCAUCACUGAGACCCAGUAUGAUACAUGUCGUCAUACUAACACAGUGACCGCUAUGACAACUGCAUUACUGAUGUCAGUUUUUCCUCAUGACGUUUUGCUUGUUAGUAAUUGCAAAGGCGGUGCACCAAAGAAUGCAAAAGACAAUACAGUUCGUCAUCAGGCUUUAGAUGAGAAAAAACUGAAUGCUAUGAAAGAAACUGUGAAACGUCGUUUCAAGAGUGCGUUUAAAGAGAGUGACUUUAAUAGAGCUAUUAAUGUUAAAUGUAGCAAACUUAGAAAAAUUGAUCGUGAUUCAAAGGUACCGAACGUUCAAGAUAACCAUAAUAAUAAUGAAGAUCAAGAAUAAACCAAUUGCGAUGAUUCCAAAUUCACUAUUUUAAUUUUGUAUUUUUUAUUACGCAACCAUUAUACUUAUCUCAAUAACUCUGAGUAUUGUCAGUUCAUAGUU